CCCCGUAUCGGUUACAGAGCUUCCGGCAUUGUCGUAGCCGUUUCGGCUAUUUAUCGCCCUGGACGGUUCUACUUCUAUACGGCGAUCCCGAGGAGACGCCGGCUCCAAAAUCGAUCCUCCCCACCUCCCCUCUCUGAGAAGCAGCCAUGGAGAAGGGCAAGGGCUUGGCUCGAAGAUGGGCGAUGGAGUUCGCGGAGAGCCCCUCGUCUUCCUCCUACGACGUUCCUGACCCUCUUGGUUUCGAUCGAUCCUCGCAAGAUCUUGACGAUGCGAACGGGGGCCGGCAGAAGAAGGACGCUGAAGCGGCCUGGAAGGCGCAGAAAGCUUGGGAAGUGGCUCAAGCCCCUUUUAAGAACUUGAUGAUGAUGGGAUUCAUGAUGUGGAUGGCUGGAAGUACAGUCCAUUUAUUCAGCAUUGGCAUCACAUUCUCAGCUCUUUGGCAGCCAAUAAGUGCCCUUCGAAGUGUUGGAAAGAUUUUUGAGCCUUAUAAGGAUUCUAGGGUAGAUACUCUUGCACCCAGGUUGCUUUUCAUUGCCCUUAACUUGGCCGGGUUGGCUUUGGGUGUGUGGAAGCUGAACACAUUGGGUCUUCUUCCAACACAUGCAUCAGAUUGGGUUUCUUCUCUAGCCCCUGCUCAGGAGGUUGAAUUCUCAAGCGGGGGUAUUACAAUCCAUUGAUCCCUUGAUGUCAUUUUUCCAUUGGUGUGCUGGACGGGUUCAGAAUUUGCAAUUUUUUGUACUUGGGAUGCUAAUGCCAGUGCUGGUGCAAUUUCCUACUCUCAAGGCAACCAUCAGCUCAAUAAUUCUAUAUGGAUUUCCUUGUGACGUAACAAAUUCUAUAUGUUUUAUCCCGUAUGCAUUAUUCCACUUUUUGGGGAACGGAUUAGGGAAUUAAAUGUUAUCAUGAGAUCUAUGUUCACAUGAACGAUGCAUUUGAGCUAUAUUUUCUUAUGACAUAAUUCUUCAUAGUUGUGGUUACCUAA